ACCUCCACCCGCUUCCUGCGGAUUCCUCCAGUCAGGAGCUCGAGCUGGGAGCGAGGACCAGGACCAGGACCAGGACCAGGACCGGGACCGGGACCGGCACGCGGCUGUUACGUAACGGGCUUUUAAACGUGUUGAUCCAGAACCAGGUGCUUUCAGAGCGAAGUGGACCGGAGCGGCCUGGACCUGCUGCUGGUCGGUACCGGACCUGCUGGUGUUUUACAGUCUGUCUGCAUUGCGUCGAACCCCCCCCCCCCCCUCCCUCCUCCUCCUCCUCCUCCUCCUCCUCCUCCCUGUCCUCUCCUCUCCCCUCACUCCCUCUCUCCUAACCCCUCCCUGCCCCCCCCCCCUCCAUGAAAUCCUGCAAUACGCUUCCAAAUUACCGGAGACGCGUCCUCUUCAGCGCGGGACCCUGAACCGGGACCCUGAACCGGUUCUCCUUGAAAAGCCUCCGCGGUGUGUUUUCCUUUUUUACUGCAGCAUAAAAAAGACAAGAGAGAGAAAGAGACGCUGAUGCUGCAGGGUCCGGUCCUCCCAGUCCUCCCGGUCCUCCCGGUCCUCCCGGUCCUCCCGGUCCUCCCGGUCCUCCCGGUCCUCCCUGGAGCGCGUAUCGAUCCUUGGUUCCUCCUCGUGGUUUCCGUCAUGAACGCUCACUCAGGGUUCUUGCAGCUGAGCGGGUCGGAACCGUCUGGAGCCUCCGCCGAGAGGAUCCGGAUGUGGACCAAGACCACAUAGUGGGCUCAUUUUGUUUGCGGAGAUCCUGGAGAAACCACAUCGGUACUGAACCCCAAGUUGGGAAAAGGUGUGUGGGGGGGGAGGAGGGGGGGGCCUUCCUCUCCAUCUCAGGUGACGAAGCGUUGGAUGAGGAGAGAAGAAGAAGAAGAAGAUGAUGAUGAUGGUGAUGAAGGAGAGGGAGGCUCUGCACAGCUCGCGGCCUCAGUAGAGGCUUCUUCUCUUUCGACCUGCUGUCCUUCAGCUUCACGCCGCUUCCUCUUCCCGCCCACCGCCGCCCGCCAGGAAGGAUGACCGUGGUGUCCACGGAGAACAUGGACGAGACCUCCACCCUGCCGGGGCACCCGCAGGACCCGUACCCGCCCGACGACGGCGACGCCGACCACGACUGCUGCGAGCGGGUGGUCAUCAACAUCUCGGGGCUGCGCUUCGAGACCCAGCUGAAGACCCUGGCCCAGUUCCCAGAGACCCUCCUCGGGAACCCCAAGAAGAGGAUGCGCUACUUCGACCCUUUACGAAACGAGUACUUCUUCGACCGGAAUCGGCCGAGUUUCGACGCCAUCUUGUAUUACUACCAGUCCGGCGGGAGGCUGAGGCGGCCGGUCAACGUGCCGCUGGACAUGUUCUCGGAGGAGAUCAAGUUCUACGAACUGGGCGCGGAGGCCAUGGAGAAGUUUCGCGAGGACGAGGGGUUCAUCCGCGAGGAGGAGCGACCCUUGCCGGAGAAGGAAUUCCAGCGGCAGAUCUGGCUCCUCUUCGAGCACCCGGAGAGCUCGGGGCCCGCCCGGGGGAUCGCCAUUGUCUCGGUGAUGGUUAUCCUCAUUUCAAUAGUCAUCUUCUGUCUGGAGACGCUGCCGGAGCUGAAGGAGGAUCCCAACCAGCGGAUGCGCGUGGUGGGGAACAUCACGGUGUACUACAAGCCCAACGUCCUCACGGACCCCUUCUUCUUGGUGGAGACGCUCUGCAUUAUCUGGUUCUCUUUUGAGUUGAUUGUCCGGUUUUUCGCUUGUCCCAGCAAGGCGGCGUUCUUCAAGAACAUGAUGAACUCCAUCGACAUCGUGGCCAUCAUCCCGUACUUCAUCACGCUGGGGACGGAGCUGGCCGACGACCAGGACGGCAAGGAGAGCAAGGGGGGCGGGGAACAGGCCACGUCUCUGGCCAUCCUCAGGGUCAUCCGCCUGGUGAGGGUGUUCAGGAUCUUCAAACUGUCCCGGCACUCCAAGGGGCUCCAGAUUUUGGGGCAGACUCUCAAGGCCAGCAUGCGGGAGCUGGGUCUGCUCAUCUUCUUCCUCUUCAUCGGCGUGAUUCUGUUCUCCAGCGCCGUCUACUUCGCGGAGGCCGAGGAGAAGGAGUCGUUCUUCACCAGCAUCCCGGACGCGUUCUGGUGGGCCGUGGUCUCCAUGACGACGGUGGGCUACGGGGACAUGUACCCCGUGACCAUCGGGGGGAAGAUAGUGGGCUCGCUGUGCGCCAUCGCCGGCGUGCUCACCAUCGCGCUGCCGGUGCCGGUCAUCGUGUCCAACUUCAACUACUUCUACCACCGAGAGACGGAGGGCGAGGAGCAGGCGCAGCUGCUCAACGUCAGCAACCAGAACCUGGCGUCCGACUCCAACUCGAGCCGCCGCAGCUCGUCGGCCGUCAGCAAGUCGGAGUACAUGGAGAUCGACGAGGACUUGAACAACAGCAUUGACAACUUCAGGGAAGCCAACCUCAGGACUGCCAACUGCACGGCGCCCGGCCAGAACUGUGUGAACACGGGGAAGCUGCUCACCGACGUGUAAAUACUGUAAUAUUCACAUCUCCAUCGGUGCAUUUCAAUUCUUCUGGUUCAUUCAACACGUGAGACUCGAAGAGUUCAAGAAGGCGCGCGUGCUACAUUUAUAUAAAACAAGAAAACAGAAAAAACACAAAGAUCUGCGCCUGUCGGGGGGAAAGGGUUUCAUACUUUAUUCACUCGUUUCUGGGAGAUUUGUAGUCUGCAAGAUGUUCGCCAGACAGGAAGUCGCCAACGACUCCUUCAGCUCGCCCAGACAGGAAGUCAUCAUCAGCGUCUCCGCCCCCGAGACUUCGACCUCUUUGUCUCUUUACCGUUCUUUAAAGAGAACUUCUCGGGCUCCUUCGUCACAGAAGUGCGACACCAAACUGUAAAAGCUUGACUCUCUGCUCUCUUUAAUGGAACUUAUGGAAUGGCAGAUUUAAAAAAUAUAUAUAGUUUUGGGGGCUUUUCAUGGAUAAAAGAGUCAUUUAAGAGCAAGAUUUAGUAAAUUAGAGGGAAUUAAUUUCCCUCAAGGCAAAAGAUUAAACAAGAGAACUAAUUAUGAAUGAAAGGUCCCACAUUCUGUUGAAUCAAAGGCAGUUGCAAACUGUUGCAUAUGUGAAUUCAAACCUAUAUAUUUGUAGAGCACGAGGGAACAAUGAACUCAUGUGACACCAAUAUUGAUCCAUAAAUCUCCCGACAGCCGUCUUUGUGCAAAAGACAAAGAAACAACGAACAAGAGGAGGACGUCGCGUUGCCGAGCGGAUUACAAGUUCAUCGUGGCUUUUAUUCCUUACCUUUUUUUUGCGGCACAUCCAGGAAUUUAGUUUUUAUUUGUGGAAAAGUCCCGGGAUGUUUUCCAGGCACCUUAAGGAGACGCCUCGUGGAGGACCCUGGGCUCUGCUACAGGUUCCUGUGUGACGCCAUGCACCAAACUGCAUGCGGAGGCUCUUCUCUCUCGGCAUGCACAAGACGUUACCUCAUUUUUACAUUUGCUUUUCUCUUCUCUCGACCCUCAUCUUCUCCUCCUGGAAUCUUUUCUCUCAUUUGUUUUCACCAAAAGUGCACUGGCUAUUUAUUAUUAUUAUUUAUAAUUAUUUUGAAGCAUUUACGUGUUGAAUGUUAGCGCAUUAAGGGAACAGGAACACUUCUUUUGGAAGAUCAUGGCAUGUCAAAAAUACUAAAGCAUUAUGGCCUCAUAGCUAACGUAUAGCUACGUAUACUCAAUGCAUGACUACAGUGUUACAGUGCUUGUUGUGGAGGAGCUGCUGCUGCUGCUGCUGCUGCUGCUGAUGAUGAUGAUGAUGAUGAUAAUGAUGAUGAUCAUUAUCGUCAAGGAUACGGUGCAUGACGGAGAUAACUGCCGGAUCUGCUAAAAAAUCUGUUAAAAAAACUCAAAAACUCAAAUG